GAGGGAGGCUCUGACCACAGCACAACACACCAGUAACCUUGUCUGAUGUGAUCAUUAACCCUUCUGGAAAAGGCAGCUGGCAGUUCUCUGAGGUUUGUCAUUAGAAUGUGAGAAGAGCCACACAGAUACUGCACAGACUGUUCAAAGAAGUUUGGUUUCCUUUGGGCGCUACUGUUCCUUUAUAGUGUAGCAGAAAAAUGAGAUUUCGACAAUUCCUUUUUGUAUUUUUAAUUUUUAUGAUGAGUCUUCUUCUUAUCAAUGGACAGAGACCAGCUAAUUUGGCAAUGAGAAGAAAACUACAUAGACUCAGCUGCCAUCAGAGGAGAUGCAUUCCUCUCCACUCACGAGUGCCCUUCCCCUGAGAUUGUCUUUUGCUAAACUUCACCCUGUCUGCCAGAUGAAGAAGAGGAGAAGCCAAGGAAAGAUACCCACCCACCCACAAAAUGGUGUGCUUGCCUAGAAGUUCCUGUUUGAAAAGGAAUCGUUUGAAAGCACCUGGGAUGUCUUAUUAGUUUCACAGGAUUCUCUUCUUGUUUUCUUUCAAAAGGGAAAAUAACGAGUUCAAAAGCAAUGACAGUUUGAAGCACAGUUAUUUACCUGCAUAACAAAAAUCUCAUCUUUUCUGUACAUUAUAAUUCUUAUGUGGGUUGAAAAGAAAAAUACAUUGUAAUGUCUUAGGACUCUAUAAUGGUGAAAAGUACAAAAAUUAAACAUUUUUCUUUCAUAUUCCUAUAAUUCUUAAAAAUAUUAAAAUAAAUUUAUGUAUGAGUGGUUAUUUUAAAAAAUGCUAUAUCUGGAAUCAAUGUCAAUGACUAUUUGGCUUUGCAGAGUUGAGAGAAAAUAAUUGGUUCAUUGAUUAUUUAUAUAGAAAGACUAAGAAAGGUUAUUAAUUGCUACCAAUUUUAUAUUAUAGGCUUGAAUGUUUAUGAAAGUAUUUUUAUUUUGAAUAAUCAUUUAAAGUUGUAAAAGAAGUUUGAAAUACUAAUUGUAGCUCAUUUUAUUUUAAAACUGAAAUGUUCAUUUCUGAAUCUUUUUCUCAUCAUGUAAUUACAAGAAGCCAACGUUUGAGUUUCUUUGAAGUUCUGUUUCACGUCCUUGAUUCAUGUGCACGGUUUCUUAGAAAGGCCCACGUAAAGUUGACGUUUAAAAUAGAGCUAUGCCGUCACUGCCCCUCUUGGGAGAAUGCCUACGCCUUCUCCCCCUUUCCUGAGCACUCUCUCAGGAGCACCUUUCCCUUCCCCAUAUUGUCCCCUCCCACCCCACCCCCAUUCAUUACCUUUGCCUUCUUCUCUCUGAAGCUCCAAGGAUCCUUCUUUUGCCUCUGUAACUUGUUUCCUGAGUCUACACAGCCCAGCUGGCUCACUACUACUACCUCUGUAACUUUCUAAGUAAACUUUAUAUUUUGGGGGAUAGAGUGUGUGUGUGUGUGUGUGUGUGUUAUGUCAAUGAAAUCUUAAGCUGGUCAAGAUCUCUGAUACAUGAGUGUUCACCAUUCUGCUGGGCUCUGUUUAAGUGCUGUUGAACCCGCAGUGGCGAGACUUGUUUAAAAAAUCAGGAGGAAUUUAAGGAUAUGAAGGAUUACCCAAGAAGGAAACUUAUCCUGUCUAAAUCUAAAUUGUAUUGAUAAUUAGGUGCUCCCAAGUUGUUAAAUAUACUCUUAAUUUGUAUUUAUUGAAAAACUGUUUAGCUCAGUGUCAUAAAGCUUACAUUAUUUUACUGUAAGUUAAUUCCUAAUAUAAAAUUUACAAAUUCAUACCCUGACUAAAAGUUUUCCAUUGUGAAAGAGUAGAAGCCAUAAACCAUUGACCCUUAUUUUGCAAAAGUAAAAGUUUGGGAUUGAUACAUAAAGAAUUUGAUAGACAUAUUCUGACAUCAUGGAGUUUGUCUCCCAUUCAUAGCUCAUUAGUGGUGUCUUUUAGAAUCAAAGGUGUUUUAUAUAAAGUACUGCCACUAAAUUUACAUACAAACAAAAGAUGUUUUAUAAAAUGUGUUACUUCAUUAUUUCAUUUGGAUAUUGGGGAAUUCUAAAUGAUUUUCUGGGUAAAUUAUAAUCCUUUUACACAAAUGCAUUUCAGUAGAGACAUAAGCUAUUAUCACUUACGUUUAAAACACAUACUCGUUGAUAUGUUUAUAUAUUUUGUACAAAAGAGAAACAAUAUAUAGUUCAGAUACAUCUCAAUGAAUACAAGUCUACUUUUUAAGUACAAAUUCUCACAUUCACAGAACGUCAAAAUCCAGCCAUACCAUUGUAGAGUAGUUGAAUGGUUAUACAUUUCUGCCCAGACCACUUGAAUAAUUGUUCAAGAGAACACUCAGGGAUUUGAGUAUCUAGCUGUCCUUAGUUUGUAUAAGAAAUGAUCAGAGUAUUGAGUGCAGUAUAAUAGAAAUUUCCCUGACACUUGUCUCUAUGCCAUGGUUUGUUCCUUUUAAUUGAAGCAUUUCAGCCUGAAUCUCCUUGCUAUCUAUACUUGUGUACCCUGCUACAGCAUAUCUUUUAUGUAAUUCUAGAUUAUCAGAGUAAGGGAAGAGUUUCUCAAAAUCUAUAAAAACUUGACAACUGGUGGCAUGUAUGCUGAAAGUGGCAUACCAGAAGAAGACCAUGACAAUGGAACCCUCUUCACUGGUGAGGCAGAGCAGCAGACCAGAGGAAUGUCAAAUAUGUGUACUUAAAACUUAACCAUGUCUGAUUUGGUAUUUGUUUUCUUUUCUAGUACAGGUUUUUUGCAGUUUCAAAUAUUUUCAGAAUACAAAAGAGAUUUUACACAGUAUAACCAAGAUAGAAGCAAUGAUGCUUCUAUCAAGGGGGAUAGAAGCAAUGAUGCCACCCCAACUUGGGGAUGUGGAGUGGGGCAGUGAAGUAGAACAGAUGGAGUGGUAGAUCAAAGAACCGUAAAUGUUGAUCCCUUCUUUCUUGGCUCAUGUCUUUCCAAACUCUGAAAUCAGUAUUUGGUUCCAUUCUUACAUCAUUUCUACUCUCCUUUGCAGGGCCAGAAUGAAUAGUUACCAAAGUUAAGGGUGUGCCAAAUGCCUUAGUAAUCAAGAUUAGUAAUAUUUUUACACCAUUUUUGAAAAAAAAAAAGUUAAUACU